AUGAAUUCCAGAUGCGAAUAUCUUCUGCAAUACUUUGGCGACCGCUACAUUUUGCUAAAAAACGAAUGGCUCAAAACGUGUGUCGAUUUUCUUCAUAACAGAGUGCCCGAAUCAAACAGUUUUGUAAGUGAAAAUUGUUAAAUCAAAAAAUAAAAAUGUUUUAGACUGAUGAAAAAUUCGCGAAUUUGGUGUUCGAGCAAUGGACGUUCUCUAACUUUGAAUCCACGUCAUUUCCCGUCUUUGGGAAUCACGGAAUCUGUCCUGAUGUCAAGAAACAGGAACUGCAAGGACCCAUAGUUUGCCAGGUACCUAAAAAAUGAUAAUGAUUCUCAAGUUUUCCAUUAUUUUUGCAGGUCAACAGCUUCAUCGAUACCGGAAGUCCUCUCUAUGCACAGUUUUGUAGUAUGAAUAGAAGUGUGAAAGAGGACAACACCGGAUUCGAGAAGAUUUUUCACGAAAAAGAAGAGGAUUACGAUACGGUACGUAUUUCGUCACAAAAUCACUUAUUCUGAUAAGAUUCUGUCGAGAAAAGGUUGCAGAAGCCGUCGCGCCUGCUGAAACUGACUCUGACCGACGGAGAAUCAUCGCUGAAAGCCAUCGAGUUCUGGAAGUGUCCGCAGCUGUCCCUCCACUGCGCACCCGGCGUCAAAAUCCUCAUUCAACCGCCCUGUCUCAUCCGCAACGGCACUUUCCUCCUCAAACACAACAACUGCAAACUGCUCGGCGGUCAAGUUCUUCCGCUUUUGAACUGCCGCCGUCCGCUCGAUCAGUACGCACGGACGCUCGGAAUAAAGAAUUUCAAAACAGCGAAUACGGCUGUCGAGCCCCGCAAGUCACUCACUUCGGUUCCAUCCACGAGUACGUACUCGAAUCCCGGGCCAUCGGCUCCAGCACCUGUUCCGCGAGUCCCUCCCGGCCCAUCUGCCAAUAUCAGCCGGUAUUUUACAAAAAAACAACUAGAUUGCGCGUAAGUCAUUUUAGACAUCAAAUGCAUACGUACUUAACAGAGAUUGUCAGACCAUCAACAUCAAGAGCAAAUGACAAAGACGAUCGAAAUGUUUCUCCGGACAUAUUUGCUGAUUGCGAUGAUGAUGACGAUAACAUGGACGACAGUUUCGAUAAUUUCGAAACCAACCCCCACAGUUCGUUCUCCUUUUUGUCUCCACUUGCUAAAGUUGUGCAUUCCCAGGUGAAUCGGCAAAAAGAUCGACGCCGAGUCGAUCGAUCGACAAUAUGGUAUUCAUGAACAGUGUUAUGAGGAGAAUGGACGGCGAAGCAGAGGAUUACGAAACGAGUAGGACGCCGACGACGACGACGAGGAAGAGGGUGUCAGCGGUCACUCCGCCCACGGCUUCAGUGAGUUUGCAACAGAAUAAGGCUUAUUUUUCAUAAAAUCUGUUCUGAUCGCAAUUUUGCAGACAUCCCGAUCGCCCGGACUAUUGUCGUCUCGCCAAACGGAUCCUCGAGAUGAAAUGCUCGAAAACAUGAUAGAAAGCGACGAGGAACCCGUGAAAUCACCCGAAAAAUCAUUCAGAUCAAAGAAUAAUCCGUUCAAAAAACAAGAACCGCCGCCGAGAAAAAUGAUCAAAGUGGAAGAGGACAGCGACGACGAUAUUCAGAUUAUUGAAGUUGUCAAGACGUCGUCCACGUCUUCGAAAAGUACAAUAAAUGACUUUGUGAAAGAAAGAAAACGGAAACAAGAUGAAGAAGCGGAAGCAAAAGAACGAGAAAAGAGAAAGAACGUGGAAAAGGAGAAGGAGAAUUGCAAGAAAAUCGAAGAGGAGCUGAAAGAGGAAGAGAAAGAGAAAGAAAUCGUGUCUCCAGAAGAGCAAGCCGCUUUAAAAGCUUUCUCCAAACUGAAACUGACUUCUCUGAUGGAGAGCAAGAGGAAAAUGAAGUAUUCGAUAGGCUCAAAGCGAUUCAAUCUGCUCGCAAUCAUCGAAUCGAUCAUAGAACCGCUGAGAGUGGUCGACAAUCUGUGGACGAUGAAGGUGAACCUGAUGGACGAUUCGGACAAAGUGCUCGCGUACAUUGACAAUCAGACACUCGCCAAUCUCGUGGGAUACACUUGCGAAGAAGCGAUAGUGAGUUGAAAAUUGGAUGAAGUUCAGUAGAAAACGCGGUUUUAGACGGUACGGCAGUCGCCUGAUUUGGAGAAGCGAAUGGACGGAAAACGGAGGUUGGAGGCGCUGAAAGAGCAGUUAAACCGGCUCGAUUUGCUGUUUGAGGUUCGUGAGUUGCGAGUUUGUAUCUAGGCUUAACCCAUGAUUGUACUUCCGAUCUUCCGACCCGCAACGCUUCUGGUCAUCAAGACAAUAAACUUUUUACCCCUUCCCUCAUAAACCCGGACUGUUGUGCUCACUUUCUUCCCUUAUCUUUACGACCAACUCUUUUAUUCUUUUAUUUCCUCCCCCUUCUCUCCGAUCGCAGAACCCCAGUGACACGUGAGUCUGAAAAAAUGAGCCAGUGGCGUUGACAUUUACGAAUUGUGCACUUCGAAAACUUUGAAAGUAGCUGAUAUUUACCGUUUUUCAUGCUUCCACCACUAAUAUCUCCGUUUUGCAGGUCGAAUUCUUCGCCGGUUCCUCGUCGUGUCCCGUGAUUAGGUCGAUUAGGACUCUGUGCGAACAAAUCGAUGUUUACUGA